AUGCUUCGAGGCGGCGGCGGCAGCAGCAGCAGCAACAGCAACAGCAGCAACGCACGAUGUUCGUGCCCUUCUCUUGGCUCGGAUUCGACGUCGAUUCCAGCCAGUUCAGAUAACCGUAUCGUUAUUGCCGUGUCCUUUGCUCGUCGCUUCAUUCAUUCAUUCAGUCACAGUCUUUUCUCGUUCGCCCACAUCGCAACGUUUCUCAUACUUGUCUCGCACCUUCUUCCUCCACUGCGGAUCGCUCGACUCUCUACUUCAUCUGGACCUCCGGCGCUGCUCCAUCUCUUCUCUCGGGACCCCUCCGCAUGCUCACCACAUCGGAAGCUCCGAGCUGCAGCAGUAGAUCGGACCUCUUAG